AUGGCUUCAAACGGCACUUUUCGCUCUUCGGCACAGUCGAAAUUUCUCUCGAUACCCUCUUCUUCUGCACCUUCUUCACCUGAGCUCACACCUUCAGAAGAGCAAAUCAUAAAGGACGGUCCAUCCUGUGUUAACGCUCAAAUAGAAAAGAGUGCGUUUGGGUUAUUUUUACUUGCACUCGAGAACGAAAUCGAGAAAGAACCAAGAUUUUGUGCGAAAUUAAGGGGGACAUUCGCAGUGGUUGGAAAAGAAUCCUGGAUCAAUACAAAAGAAGAGUAUCGGAAUAUUUUCGAUAGUCUCGUCAAUGAAUUCGCCUCCCAAUAA